AUGUCGCCCAUCACCAAGACCCAGCCCUGGAAGGCCUUCCCUCGCACCGUGGCCGCUGAUGCGGGCGAGCUGACCCCUGCCGAGCUGGACAUGCAGCGCUCGUACGGCACCCACGCUUCCAACACCAAGGGCCGCAUCUUUACGGUCCAGGACAAGGUCCAGCCCUGGAAACGCGACUGGCCGGCCGCUGGCACCGACGCCGAGGCGCUGAGCGAGGAGGAGCUCAACAUGCAGCGCUCGUACGGCACCCACGCUUCCAACACCAAGGGCCGCAUCUUUACCAUUGCCGACAAGCCUGCCAACUAA